AUGGGUUUAAUCGUUCCAAAAUACUGUGAUGGCUCAGUGGUCACCGGUGCUAUUCAGAUUGCCUUGCACGCUCCGCUGAUGUCUACAAUUCAAUUCUUAAAGUUGCGGCAUUCCACUAAUUAUUGGCUUGCAGCAUACCUUUCUAUUUCAGGUUCGUCUCAAGCAGUUGCCAAACGACUUGAUUUAUCUCCCAAAGGCUCGUUCAUAUUAAAACUGGGCACUAUCGCGGCUGGUUGUGGCAGUGGCGCUAUGAACGGGUUGUUCAGUAUUGGCGGACCGCCGAAUAUGAUUUUUGUUCUCUUGACGAAUCCUGAUCCACUGUGUUGGCGAGGAACAUCAGCAACAAUGAAUGUUGUUAUUCACGUUUUUACUCGUCUUCCAGUGCUGCUUGCGGGCUCACUGUUCGACGAUGUGGAUUUGUGCACAAUUGUUGUCCUCAAUCUUGGUGCUGUCUGUGGACUUAUGUUAGGGAAUCAACUCAGUCGUUAUGUUAGUCUUCCGAUGUUUCGUGCCUCUAUUGAUCUCGUGCUGGUGGUGUCGUCGUUUAUGAUGACUCCGUUGUUCAUACUGGUUCCUCUGCUCGGUGUUGCGACACUUUGGGUAGUUUUUAAGCUGGCCUUGUACGAGUAUAGGAAGCGCCGAAAUUACGGUGAGGAGGUGCGAGAGCCGCUGCUUCCGUAAGUCGUUACUCACGACGAACUAAUAUGAAGGUACCUUCUUAUCUAACUCUCAAUAAUCACUGCUUCUUGGC